GAAGCGGAAACCCCGCACCAGGUUGUACGUCAGGCGAAGAUGCAUUGCGGCUUGGGAUAGCCUUGGGCAGUCUAUCACGGGGUAUUGGGAGCGAGGCGGAAGCUAGGGAGCGGGCGAUAUAAGUGCGGCUGUAUGUCUUGAAGUUUGGACUAUUUCGUUCAGCAUCGUUCUCCUCCUUUUCAGUUUUUUGGCUCUGUUUUGGCACAGUGAUUGAAACUAUGACGCUUCCUGUUUAUCUCGCUGGGACGGUGGUGCUGGCGUAUUUCUUGUACCGUGUGCUGUAUGGCACUGAUACGCCGCAUAUCAAGGGCUUGCCUGAGGUCCCUGGACUGCCGCUGUUUGGCAGUCUGCUUGAGCUGGGGACGAAUCAUGCCAAGGUUGCGCAGGGGUGGGCGGAGAAGUAUGGGCCUGUGUUCCAGGUGCGGAUGGGGAAUAAGAGAAUCGUCUUCGCAAACUCAUUCGACUCGGUCCGCCAUCUCUGGAUCACAAACCAAUCCGCCCUCAUCUCCCGCCCUAUGCUACAUACUUUCCAUAAAGUUGUCUCUUCGUCCCAGGGCUUCACAAUCGGUACCUCGCCGUGGGACGAGUCGUGCAAGAACCGGCGGAAAGCAGCGGCCACGGCGCUCAAUCGCCCAGCAGUACAAUCCUACAUGCCGCUCAUCGACCUCGAAUCUACCGUGUCCAUCAAAGAACUCCUCCUCGACAGCAAGGGCGGAGAAAUCGACCUCGACCCGCGCGCAUACUGGCAGCGCUACGCACUCAACACCAGCCUAACGCUGAACUACGGGUACCGCAUCGACGGCGACAAGGACGCGCCGCUGCUGAAAGAGAUAGUGGAUGUCGAGCGCGGCGUGGGCAAUUUCCGCUCCACGAGCAAUAACUGGCAGGACUAUAUCCCGCUGCUGCGUCUGCUGCCUAGCCAGAGCAACGAGGCGGUUAGGUUCAGGGAGAGGAGGGAUGUGUAUAUGGAUCGUCUUCUUAAUACGCUGGAGGAGAAGAUUGAGAAGGGGACGGAUAAGCCGUGUAUUACGGGGAAUAUUAUUAAAGAUCCUGAAGCGAAGUUGAGUCGUGCGGAGAUAAAAUCCAUCUGCCUAACCAUGGUAUCCGCGGGUCUCGACACCAUCCCCGCAAACCUAAUAAUGGGCAUCGCCUUCCUAGCCUCCCCGCUGGGCCAACCCAUCCAAGCCCGCGCCUACUCAGAGAUCCAACGCGCCUACCCCAACAACACCGCCUGGCACGCCUGCCUGCACGAGGAAAAAAUCCCCUACAUAACCGCCCUGUACAAAGAAAUCCUGCGCUACUGGUCCGUAAUCCCCAUCUGCCUGCCGCGCGUCAGUAUCAAAGAUAUCGUCUGGGAAAACGUGACGAUCCCAGCUGGCACAACGUUUUAUAUGAAUGCGUACGCUGCUGAUUACGACGCAACCCAUUUCAAAAACCCCGAGGUGUUUGAUCCGGAGCGCUAUCUCAAUGUGGCGGAUGGGCAGGGCACGCCGCAUUAUGGCUACGGGGCGGGGUCGCGCAUGUGUGUCGGGAGUCAUUUGGCGAAUCGGGAGCUGUUUACGGCGUUUGUGAGGCUGGUUUGUGCGUUUGAGUUUAUGCCGCCGGGGGAGAAGGGGGAUGAGAGUGUGUUGGGGUGUUUGGAGGCGAAUGCGUUGCCGACGAGUUUGACGAUGGAACCUAAGUAUUUUAAGGUGGGGUUUCGGCCGAGGGAUCGGGAGAGGUUGGAGGGGUGGAUUAGGGAGAGUGAGGAGUUGACUAAGGGGUUGAGAUAG